GUGCCCCACGUCUGGUACAGUCAUCCCAAGCCUCAUCCGCGGGACUGGGAUGGCCGGAGAGAUGACGAUCUUAGGAUCAGCUGUUUUGACUCUCCUGUUGGCUGGCUAUUUGGCACAACAGUAUCUACCAUUGCCUACCCCUAAAGUGAUUGGCAUUGACCUUGGCACCACCUACUGUUCAGUUGGGGUGUUUUUUCCUGGCACUGGGAAAGUAAAGGUCAUUCCAGAUGAAAAGGGGCAUAACAGCAUACCCAGCAUGGUGUCCUUUACUGACAGUGAUGUGUAUGUGGGGUAUGAAAGCUUAGAGCUGGCAGAUUCAAAUCCUCAGAACACAAUAUAUGAUGCCAAAAGAUUCAUUGGCAAGAUUUUUACCCCAGAGGAGCUGGAGGCUGAAAUUGGCAGAUACCCAUUUAAGGUUUUAAACAAAAAUGGAAUGGUUGAGUUUUCUGUGACAAGUAAUGAGACCAUCACCGUUUCCCCAGAAUAUGUUGGGUCUAGACUAUUGUUGAAAUUGAAGCAAAUGGCAGAGGAGUAUCUUGGAAUGCCAGUUGCCAAUGCUGUUAUUUCUGUACCAGCAGAAUUUGAUCUAAAACAGAGAAAUUCAACAAUUGAAGCUGCUAACUUAGCAGGACUGAAGAUCUUGAGGGUAAUAAAUGAACCCACAGCGGCAGCUAUGGCCUAUGGUCUCCACAAGGCUGAUGUCUUUCACGUCUUGGUGAUAGAUUUGGGCGGAGGAACUCUAGAUGUGUCAUUGCUGAAUAAACAAGGAGGAAUGUUUCUAACCCGAGCAAUGUCUGGAAACAAUAAACUUGGAGGACAGGACUUCAAUCAGAGAUUGCUUCAGUACUUAUAUAAACAGAUCUAUCACACAUAUGGCUUCCUACCCUCUAGGAAAGAGGAAAUUCACAGAUUAAGACAAGCUGUGGAAAUGGUCAAAUUAAAUCUGACUCUUCAUCAGUCUGCUCAAUUAUCAGUAUUACUAACGGUGGAGGGAAAGGACAGGAAGGAACCUCAGAGUAGUGACACUGAACUGCCGAAGGACAGACUUUCCCCAGUGGAUGGCCACCAUAUGAACAGUGUGUUUGGAGCUGGCCUUUCUGAAAAGAAAAGUGGAGAAACUCAAGUUUUAUUUGAAACAGAAAUAUCACGGAAGCUCUUUGACUCCCUUAAUGAAGAUCUCUUCCAGAAAAUACUCGUACCCAUUCAGCAAGUAUUAAAAGAAGGCCACCUGGAAAAGACUGAGAUUGAUGAGGUGGUUUUGGUUGGGGGCUCUACUCGUAUUCCUCGAAUCCGCCAAGUCAUCCAAGAAUUCUUUGGAAAGGAUCCCAACACGUCUGUAGACCCUGACCUGGCAGUGGUGACAGGAGUGGCUAUCCAAGCAGGGAUUGAUGGAGGCUCUUGGCCUCUCCAAGUCAGUGCUUUAGAGAUUCCCAAUAAGCAUUUACAAAAGACCAACUUCAACUGAAUUCUGGAGGAAUCAUUCUUAUUUGUGAUUGUCUAAUGCUCUCUUCCUCUUUAUCAGACCACCUCCUCCGAUAAAGAAAGUCUCUAAAAUAUCUCUCAAAUUUACCUAAAAGGCAGCAUUUAGUUACAUAAAAAUUUUACAUAACAUUUUGUUUUAGGAUUCAAUGUGACCAGAUUGAUCCUAUUUGAUUUUGGAGAGCUCCCAUUCCAACAAAUACUUCUAAAAUGAUAGAAUUGAGGUAAAACUUCCUUGUAAGAGCAUGGGUGGCUAUAUUUUCUGGAUUCUGGAAGUAGAUAACCAUAUGCACUUAAAAUUCUGUAAACAUUGCCUAGUGACAAUUAUAGGAUUCCCAGUUCUUACUAAAUUGUAUUAGCAGGAGCUGGUAUUUUAUUUACUUGGUUAUCACAUGUAACUAUUAUAUGAAGUAUACUUGAAGGACAGUGUUGAUGUCAGGUACUUACAUUGGCUGGGAGAUAGCAGUAUUAUUAAUAUAAGCUGCAUAUAUACUAUUCAAUAACUGCCAUAUUAUAUAACAAAUUUACUUUCACAAAUUCAGUAUCCUAUUGUGUCCUAUUCAUGCAAUCUGCAUUCUCCAGGUUUUUAAAAUAUAUUUAUUGGAUCAAUUUAUUUUCUUUC